AUGCAGCCGGAAUACAUUGAUGGCUCAACUCUAUAUCAAGAUUUUCUGACUGACUCGCAAACCGAAUUACAAACUGGACAACUACCUACUGAUAUGUUUACCUUCGGUGGUCUGCCAACAUAUCCUAUUUCACAAUUGACAAACCAGCAGCAAUCGCAGCCUUAUAUAGACGAUUCCAAUUUGAUCGUGCAUGAACAUCUACUUACAAAUUCUAUUGGGCAACAGAACGAUUCUCCGUAUACUCGGCAAAGCUUGCUUACGCAUCGGCACCAACGUCAACAACAGUGGUUGUCGCAGUAUCCGUAUUCGAGACAGCGUGCAAACGAAUUGUUUACGCCGACGAUGCGAUCUGACCAUCGAUUAGAUCCACAAAACCCGUUUCGAGGAACUGUUCCGGCCGAGUCAUCGGAGUCUAUCCGCCGACAGAAAUUAUUUCCCGUCCAUCUCAGUCACAAGGAAGCAUCCACCAAGUUUCUCAACUACAAACCAACUUUAAUCAAUCGGGAAACCGGUUUCCAGAUCAGUCUUCUUCCCAGAUGGAAACUGAUGAACAAUCUACGCAAUCUCAAGUGA